AUGGACGAAGAAGACCCCCUCGCCAACUUUUCCAUCGCGGACGUCUCCUCUGACGAAGCUGAGGCAGACACAAAGGAAACUCGCCGCACUGGUCAGACAGAGGAGGCGUGGAGAGCCAUCCAGCGUGACUACAAGACGAAAGUUGAAAACGGCGAUGUAGGCCUGCCUUUCCGCUCUUGCCAUUAUCGAAACGGAGAGACUGACGAAAAAAUCCAGAUACAUAAAAAGAUCAAAUUGCCUCUGGGUCCGGGGGCUUCCAAAAUGGACAUCCAGGAGCUCAUCCAUGCUGUCGAGGAGUUGUACUUCUUCCGCCGUUACCAUGAGGCUGCGCAAUUGGCCACCGAGGCUCUCGCUGGGAGCGAUGGGCUUGAUAGAGACUCACGGCAGCUCUUGGACGCCUAUCAGGGGAAAUGCCAAAUCAAGCUUAACCUACAAUCAUGA